AUGCGAAACGUGCUGAGCCAGUUUUGUGCACCAAAGCUGAAGGCCAACUUUUCUCAUGGAAAGGCAUUGGAGGAGGAAGAUGAUACUGUGGCACUAUGUGACCUUGGCUCAAGCAUCAACCUCAUGCCUCUUUCUAUGAUAAAGAGGCUGCGAAUUCUAGAGGUACAGCGUGCCAAGAUCUCAUUGGAGUUGGCAGACAAGUCCCUGAAAAGGGCAUAUGGCGUGGUGGAAGAUGUCCUAGUAAAGGUUGAAGACCUGUACAUCCCUACUGAUUUAGUAAUCCUAGACAAUGGGAAGGACAGAGAUAAAUCCAUCAUCCUUGGAAUGCCUUUCCUAGCCACUGCUAAAGCCAUAAUUGAUGUGGAAAGAGGAAAGCUAGUUCUGAGACCACAUGAGGAUUGUAUCUGGUUCAAGAUCCCCAACCCUCAGUCUCCCUCUGACAUAGGAGGUACCAUUGUGCAACACAUAGUGUUCCAGCCUUCCCUCUUAGUAUAG